AUGGCGUCGAUCCGUAGGUUUUCGGCUGAGGAGAAAGGAAAGGUUCCCCUCGACAUGCCAGCGCUGCUCCCGCCGAAGAAGAGGUCGGUCCACCGCUGCGACGCUGCGGAGAUGCAGGUGGUGAUGAGGCCUUUGUGCGAGCGGCCUCCUCCUGGCAGCCUCGAUCCAACCUCCCAGCAGCCGUGCUCGAGCGCUCCCGAGGCCGAGCUCCUCCAACGCCGCGCCGCCCCGGCGAGCCUGCCAGCCGGCGACCCCGUCCUCAGGCCGGCCCCGUCGCGCCACCUCUUCCUUCCCUUCCUCCUCUGGUUCUUCUCCCUCUCACUCACCUCGCCUCUCUCUCUCUCACACAGGUGGAGUCCAUGGCGCCCCGUCCGAACCUCCACCACCGCUGCCUCCUAUGCCGACUUGAACCCCAUCGAAUCAGGGCCUCAUCGUCCGCGCCGACGACCAAGCCUGCCGCCGCCAAGUCCCGCGCCUUGCCGCCCAUUCAUCCGCUCUCUGUAUUUCUUCAUAGGAGCCGAGCCGCCGUCGUCCUAUUCGACUCCCGCCAUCAGGAACCAGCUCCCCUCGUCAGAUCCGGUGGAGACUCGCCGCCGUUCGCUGCCUGAAGAACCCAUCUCGCUGCACCUCCCUCCGUUCCUGGCGCCCACAUCGCCGAAGUCCAUCGCGCCCAGCCGCUGGCGCUUGAACAUUGCUGCCGCCUCUGCUCUUUCAGUUGCGAGCAGCAGCUCGCUCGACUCGUCCUCGUUGACUAGGUCCAGAGCCAGCGUGGCCGGCCUCCAAGGCCCAGCAGCGGCCUCCUCUCUGGCCCAACUUCAGCUUCGGCCUACUAGGCCCAAUGCAAGAUGACCAUACCCUCGAAAUCACUUCUAUCUUUGCUUGCUAGUUGUUCGCUCUAU